AUGGACCAGAGCCAUCAGAAGAUCUGCGAGCGGAUUCUGCAAGUAUGCCAGGACAAAAUCCCGGACAGCGAGGUCUUCCGCCAAGUUAGCUGGAUUGCCGACGGCCAUUGGCACUGGAUCCAACAGCACGUUCCUGAUUUCGGCGAUGACAGCAACUGGUUGUUGGCCCAGACCUGGGACAAACCAAGCCCCAGGCUCCAGGAGGCGGAUCUCUGGGAAGAGGCUGCCCGUUGGCGCCUUCGGCUCGCGAAGUGGGGCAACUUUGGCGUGGAGAGCGGCGACCGCUUCAAGGACUCGCAUGCAGCGCCGCUGUCGCUGUCAGACCUGGGAGAUGAGCUCCGUAAACUCGUUGAGUGCGAGGCUGCCCCCAAGGAGAAGCUGUGGAAGCUGCUCUGCCGGCUUCAGACGACGUUGAUUGCGAAGGCCGAGCAGUUCUUCAGGACCAAGAAUGAUCUACGCGGAUGCAUUAGAUCCCUAGCAGAGGAUCACGAAAAAGGCCGCCAGGAGACGUUAGCAGCCGUGCAGCUUGCGGAGAUUAUUUGGCAGUUCCGGCGUCAGCUACCUGCAAGCGACCUGCUUGCAAUACGUCCCGAUGUGCAGCACGAGCCGGGUCUACCAGAAAGGGUGCUUGCCAUGUGUGUUACACUGGUCUCUGAGUUCGUCAAGGGAGAAGAACGCUGCCUUCUUUGGCUGCGCAUCUCCCGCACCAUCUGUGCAGAUCCCCAGGUCAUCAAGAUCAGCCGGGCCCUGAAACGAGCCUUCAGGUACAAAACGAACUCCGGGCACGUUGUGCUGGCGCGCGGUUUUCGGAUGACUUGGCCACAGCUGCGCGCCAUUUCCAGGGAGCAGCGAGGCGCUCCGUUGAAGGAAGCAGGCGCCGAGUAUUACAAAACCGUGGGCACGGGCCCAGAGCUCUUCGCGGUGGUGGGCGAGCAGGUGUACUAUGAAGACAAGAAGGCCUGGUUUGCCUACAAAACUUCCGUACUGCAGCCGUGGUUCGAAAUUCAGAUCAUCGAAGUCUCGCACAGUCAGACUUGGAAAGAUGAUCUGCAAAGGGUUUGUGCUCAGAAAUUCUAUCCCAAAGUUUGGGAUAGCCAUGGGAACGAGCUAAAGAUGGCGAUAGCUGGAGAGCUUCCAGAUAUUCCUCGGGCGAACGACUUCCCUUUGCGCGUCAGCUUUCUCGGCUGUGCUGAGUGA